UGCUUUGCACAUGAACACCUUAAAGAUCAUGAGAUCAUUUGAAUGGAUAGACUUAAUCUGGAAAGUCCUUCAAAGAACAAUGGAAGUCGAGACUCCUGUGCUAGUUGAAAACUCAACAGUAAGUGACAGAGCAAAGGUCGGGGACUGUCUUGGUGCAAAACUAAGACAGGAAUAAUAUUUUUAACCUUGGAUUUUAAGCAGAGUAAACAGUGGGACAGGCUGAGGAAAUUGCAUUCUUCUGUGCUGUAUAAUAGAGGAUUUACAAAUGUAUGCAUGGAGCCAUGCCAGUGAGAAAGCAUACAAAUCAAAAUAAAGAUAAUGGAAUUCAGUCUUUAAUUUUAGUGAAUUUCAGUUAUUGGGAAAUAAGUUUUUCCAAAUCUUUCCAGUUGUGCAUAAAGUUUUAGUGUAAGGGAACCCACUUUGGUCUGCUGCACUUGAAGUUACAAAAAAUACAUAUAUUUUGCUUUUCUAAAAGUAACAGCUGCAGAACUUGUUGGAAACAAGAGUAAGCUAUUUGCAUUUAAAACAGCUGUUUAGCAUAAUCCAACUGUAAUCUUUUCAACUAAAUCCCAUUAAAAGCAGAUGCGACUUCAGGUGGUUUCACAGCAGAACUGAAAGGAAAAAAAAAAUCACUUUUUUAUUUUAUUUCUCUUUAACACGCAGAGCCCAGUGAAUAAGCAUUUUACUUCAUCCACCAUUACAGCUGCACAUUUGUCGGCUUUAUUUUUUUAUUUGCAUCCCCUCAUCCUUACCCGCUGCCACCAGCAGCACCACCAUCACUUCGCAGGCAAACAAGCCUGUUCUACCCGACAUUAUCUCCAUCCAGACUCCGCUGGAAAGGAGGCUGAAAUGACGGAUGCAAGCAUGGAAGACAGACCCGGGGACAGUGUAUUUACAUCCGAAGAGGCUGUGUAAGUUUAGAGGGAAGCCGCUGCGUGUGUCUCCCUCUUUACUUUCACCGACCCCCUCCUCCUCCGCUGGCAGAAAUUUAUAAAGAACAAAAAAUCCGACGAGGGAGGGAGGGGGGUUGAUAUACGCCGAGGCUGAAAUCGAGAGGCGAACCCAGGGAAAGAGGAGUAAUUUGUACACGGGACUUUCCCCCUCUUAGUCCCCCAAAAGGAGGGGGAAAAGUCGCAGUAUUGGAAACGAAAAGGAAUGAGCUUCUAAGGGCGUGAAAACGUCUGCAAUUGUGGAUACUUUAUAUAUUUUUAUUUCGAAAAAAUAUGGCCGAGAACGUUCUGGACUCUGGCCCGCCUUCAGCCAAGAGGCCUAAACUCUCCUCUCCGGCACUUUCCGCCUCCGCCAGCGAUGGAAAUGGUAAGUAUUGUUUCGUGAUAUUGUCAGUUAUAACGUUAUUAGUUUGGUUUAUUGAUUUUCAGAGGCUUGUGUCCACUUGAACGUUGAAGAAAACGCGUGAUUACUCCUCUGUUUUUGUCGUAGCUUGCUAAUGUUAGCUCGCUCGUAGUGAGUGUGUGUCGGACGUGAAGAAGAGCUCCCCCAGCGAGCUAACAUGCUAACAGCCAUUUUAGCCGGAGGUAGCUCUGGUAGCUGUUCGGCUAAUACUCUGUUAGCUGACUGAAUGCGGGUCCUCAACAGACGGUCCCGUGUCUAAUGGCUACUUUAGCCGGGUUGAUAAUAAGCUCAUUGCCAAACCAACUUGCCAUAAAGUUUUUUCUGCCAUAAGCUGAGCCAAAUUGACAGCAGUCUUUAUUCUGCUGUUUGAGUUUUAAGAGCUAUUAAACAGUCUGUGUGUUGCCCCAUCAUAACUCGCACCUAUCCCCAACUAUCGUUAGCUCCCGUGGAUUUCUGAAGGAAAGCAGAGGUUGUCAGUGGUGGUGGGGAAAGCCUUUUGGUGGAGCUAAAUUUAGGCCCACGGGUCCAACUGAUUGUUGAGCCCAAUUUGCCUCUGCUGGUGUGUUUUUGUGGAUGGCGUGUGACAGCAGCUGGAAUAGUGGCCUGCGAACAAAACCGAGGAGCAUGGACAGCGCCAUGACCAGCCACUGCGAUAUUAACCAGCAAGUCCAAAAUCGCAAGCCCUUACUUCUCCAUGCACGAAAUAUUCACCCAGAUUUCAUCACUUUACUAUUCAGAAGAACAUGUCCCGUAAACAGCUGUAUCUUAUACUAUCUUCUCAGCCAUGGUUGUCGGUGGCAUUGAGGGUCUGUGCUAUGGGACCUCACGCUGAAGUCAUCCAGACAUUUACUUUACCUCUCAUGAUGAGGUUCAGUGCAGGGCUGUCAAUGAAAUUAUCUACAUGUAAGAGCUGAAAUUGAGUCUCCCCAGAUGCAUGGGCUCCUAGGACUGUCGUGACACAGACAUGCAGAUCGUGAAGAGUUGAUCUGGUUAAAAAAAUGGUAUUAAAUAUUAGUAUGAGGUUACUUGUGUCUGUGCUUGCACCAUCAAACAGGAGUCUGCAAAUGCACUGACCAGCCAUAACGUUAUAAACACCUUGGCACUUCAAUACUGCUCAGUACAACAACUCUGUCAUAAGUUUGACUUUUAUGUAGCGUCUUCAUUAUCAGUUUAUGUUGACAUGGUAAGAAAACGGAUAACUGCCCUUUCAAUUACUUGUUGAAGCUUUACUGGGAGUUGUUGAUAUACUCGUGUUUUAUUGGACGAUGAUCCCAAUAGCCCCCUUACCCCCAAGUUUUGUUUAUGGAGUGCAUCAUUAAUAAGAAGUCUUAUCAAAGUACCUCACUCCUGCACACCACCACCCAUUAUAGCUUCAUCAUAAAGUACAGUAAACACCUGUCUGAUCACCUCAACAAAAUCCAAAAUUCAGAAGCGCCCUGAGAGGAGAAUUUGUGGUAAAGCUGUUGCGUGGUUCUCAAGUCCAGUCCUCGAGGUCCACUGUCCUGCAUGUUUUGGAUGUUUCCCUGCUCCGACACACCUGAUUCAAAUGAUCAGCUCGUUAUCAAGCUCUGUAAUGGCUUAAUAACGAGCUAAUCAUUUGAAUCAGGUGUGUUGGAGCAGGGAAACAUCCAAAACAUGCAGGACAGUGGGCCUCGAGGACUGAACUUGAGAACCACUGUUAGAUUGUCCAUGUUUUCCUAAUGCUAUGGCUGGUCAGUAUAUGUCAGAGUUAUAAUUGAUCAUACCAACAUGCAAAGUCUCCUCAGAUUGUUGUGACACAUCCUUGCAGACGGUGGAGAGUUGAUUCGAAAAAUAAAAGCUGGUAUGAAAAAUUACUAACGUUCAGAGAGCGCUUCUCAAAUAAGAUUUGCAUCUCACUCCUAUUUGUUGAAUUUCGUGGUUUACUCCUAAGAGGUUUGGUGCAUAAAUCUGAGCUGUUAUCAGACCUCUAAAGUAUACAGUUAUAAGAAGAAUUUCUUGAGUAGUUAAUUUUACGUAUUAUAGCUUUAAUGUGGCUGAGAGAUCUUGAUUGGAGGAGUUACACUGUUACUUCAUAGUGUUGUAAAAUACUUUUUUUAUUGGAUCACAAAAUGAAGAAUAAAUAAGCUUCUGUGUGUUGAGGUUAUUUGUCAGUACUUUAAUGUUUGACUUAGAUGUCCACUAACCAGUUAAAUGAGGUCUUUUAUUACCUGUUGAUCCCAGCAGAUACAAACAGUGAGUGUGGGUAUCUGCUGGCUCCAUUUUGUGGUGUUACUUAUCUGAAAUGGUCCAUUUGUCAACUUGUCUGUCCAAACCUGCAACAUAUUGAACCACUUUACUGGUCAGGGGUUCUCAAUGAGAGUCGGCCUUGUGGGGGUAUGCAUACAUAUGCAUUUGCACAGUGAAGGUCCUCUGGAACAGUAGUGUUGUGCCUGUCGGUAGAUCCCUUUCACAGGUUUUAUCAGAUUUUUAAUGUCAGCAUGCACUUUCAUUUUAAUUCAACCAUGCUGAAAAAUGAAGGAUUAUUCCAGCUUAUCAUGGCUAUUGCCCUGUUUGUUUUGCUCACCAUACCUGAUUGCCUCCAUCUCAUUGCCUCCCCCUUCUCCAACUUUGCAUUUCUUCUCCAUUUUAGAUUUCGGCUCUCUGUUCGACCUCGAGCACGAUCUCCCAGACGAGCUCAUCAGUUCCAAUGAGCCAGGCCUGGUCAAUGGCGGGGACCUCAGCCAGUUGCACACCACACUGGGAGGAGGACCUGCGGGGCUCGGUGCAGGAAGUGGAGGGGCAGGAGGAAUGGGUCUUGGUCUUGGACCUGGAGGGGGUCCUGGUGGAGGUCAGGAUGCGGUGGCCAAGCACAAACAGCUGUCUGAGCUUUUGCGUUCAGGUGGACCAUCCUCAACCCAACAAGGGCACCAAGGAGCCAUGGGCAGCCCGGGAGGCCCCACCGCCAUGGGGCAGCACUUGGCGAAUAUGAAGGCGUCCCCUGGCCAGGGGCCACCACAGAUGAUGGGCCAGGGGCAGCAGCAGCACCUCUCCCCUCAGCAGCAGGCCAACAUGAUGCAGCAGAAUGCUACGAUGAUGGGUGGCAUGAACAGGGCUAUGAUGGGAGCACAGCAGAAAGGCAAUAACGGACAGCAGCAGCCGGGCAUGAUGGGGAGUCAGGUGAUGAAUGGCUCCCCUAGGAUGGGCUUCGGGAAUCAAGGGAUGGGCGGCAACACUAACCUGUUGGCUGAGACCCUACAGCAACAGGGAGCUGGGGGUCAGGCUGGGAUGAGAGGCCAGCAACCUGGAGCCUUGAACAAGGUAAGACCCUCUCCCAUCAGAGAAAUUUUCCAUUCAUGUGAAUAUUUUUCUUUCAAAUGGGAUUUUCUUGAUGAGAUUGCAGAUAGUACUACCAUUAAGAAAAAUAUUGUUUUCUCUAAAUACAAACAUUUUUCUCCACUGCAGUUAUUUUUUAGAAUUAUUUUAGUCGAUGCUCCAAAACCUUUGCUGCAACUCCAAAACAUAUUUUGUAAUAACUGAAACAUAAACAGUUCUGGUUAAAACUUCGACUGUAGCUCUUUCCUGUUACGGCACCAUAGCAGUGUUGUUUUCGUCAACGCCCCUUUUUUUUCCACGACAAAGACGUGACGUUGAAGAGCUAAACGUAAGUCUUAGAUGACUAAAAUAUGACGAGACGAAUGUGCGUUUACGUUGACGAGACGAGACUAGACGAAAACGUUAGUGGUGGACAACGAACAGAGUUGCAAAAUUCAUGAGCAUUUCGUCAGUCAAACGCUAAACAUAUAUUCUGCAGUGUUGUUUUCGUUGACGAUGACGUUGAUUAAGUAUUUUCGUCAACGUCAUCGUUAAAGAAAACAACACUGCACCAUAGUGGCCUCCGCACUAUUUGCUCUGCAGUACUUUGCCCAAUCGCUACCUGGCAGUGCGGUUUUUGUUUUCGUCAUAUUGCGAGUAUCUGGUCCUGCUACAUUUUCUGCCUGUCUGUGCACAGAAAACCAUGUCUCCGCUAAAUCCGAGCAUUUUGUUUUGAAGCCGCAGUUGAUAAAUCUCCGGCAGCAGGUUAUUAUACUGCAGUCAUUGCAAAGGAGAACAGGGAGGAGAUGUUAGAAGAAACAGAAUGAACGGCUCCUGAAUCAUCGCAGGUAGAGAAUUAGGGGGACGACUGUGGCCCUAUCAAGAUGCUGCCCAGUGAAUCAGUCCAGGGCUUGUGGUCUGUGUUGUUCUGGCAUGUAGUUGUAUUUUUCGAAGAGGUGCAUAACAGGCUACAUAUGUAGGCUUUGACGUAGGUGUAGACAAAAUUACAGCACAUGCUACGGCAUAGAUUUGACAUUGCGUGAGAUAAUGCAGAAGUAUAAAUCAAGCUGAAGUCAUACAUUCUUUUAGUCCCCCAUCAAGUUUUGCUGUUACUGUGCCAAAAAAAUCUCAAUGUCUCGCUGCUUUUAUUUCCCAAAACUCAAGAUGUACUUUUUAUGAUGGUCUGGAAAUGGAUGCUUUUUCCUCAAAUAUAAACCUCAAGUGGUGCUUUGGGUCCAUGGCUGUCUUUAUACAUCUUAGCAGCCAUGACAGACGUACAGCACACUUAUGCUUUGAGUUGAAGUGGCAGAAAACUGCUCUGCCCGCGUGAUUGACAGUCCCCCAGGAGUGACAGUAAAAAUGUUGCAGUUGCAAGCUGCCGCCGCUGCCGAAUGAAUCUGGUGUUGAGACACUGAUGUUUGAUUCAGCUGUAGAGAUCACAAACAGGGAGAUGGUUCCUGAGUUAGGGGCAGAAAAAAUCCAGGUUCUGAAGGCAAUUGAAGGGAUAAAGAGAAGAGGAAAGGUGCGAGUGAAUGAUAGAUCAGUGGUUGAUAGGAAAGAACAAGAAGCUCCUUAGAUGAUAGAACGAGGACCUAUUCAUCUUAGUCCAAAUUUGGUCAGUGUCACUGCAUUUGGUUUGAAAAUGAUUUUUAAACACUUUUUAAUGAUAAUAUAAUGAGUUAUGAUAUGAUGCUUUAAUUUGAAAAUUAGAUCUCUCCCUUCAUUGGGUGCUGUUGAGCAUUAAAAAAUGCAGCUCAUCAAACAGAUGAUGAAGUGUUCUUUUUGGAGAAACGAUAACCUCAUUUUAUCUUUGGCUUGUCUGGAGUUUCUGUGGUGUGAAACAUCAACAGCUCCUGCUCAUGAAAGAGCGACGAUUUGAGCUCUUGGAAGGAGACUGGAAGAUCAUGUUUCAAAUCACCAAAACACAAAAUUUAAAUACGUUUCUCCAUUCUCUCUCUGACCCAUCUCUGUCUGUCCUUCUUUUUCUCUCCAAGAUGGGGAUGAUGGGGAACCCAGGAGGGCCUUUCGGGGGUCCGUACGCAGGGCAGGGGAAUCAAGGUCUUGGAGGUGCGGGGCUGGGCCCUCAGCUCCAGAAUAAAGGUCCCAUGGCAAACAGCCUUGCCCAGUUCAAUGUCGACAAGAAGAACCAGCCGAUGCAAGGGAUGGCUGCCAUGGUAGGAAGGCCUCUGAAAAUGUGAUAUGUGAAGGAUGAAGGAAUGAGUUGUUCUGGUAUUUCCCAAUAAAUCUGAAACUCUGUGUUAUUUCCUAAUUUUUCACCUCGCUCCCUCUCUCUGUUAUCUCCUGCUUGACUUUUUGUGAUUCUGUUACUUCUCAAUCAUCUAUCUCUCCUGUUAACACCACUUUCUCCCUCCCUCUGCUCCUUAUAUCUCGUUACCUCCUACUGCACCUCCCUUCAUUUCCUGUUAACUCAACUCACCUCUCUCUCAUGUCUUUGCUGCUUAUUGACUCCCACUUUGCUCUCCAGGGCUCCCAACAGAAUCAAAGCGGUGUCGGUGGCCCCUCAGGUGCACCUUUGGGAGGGGCCCCAGGGAUGGUACCUAACGCUCAGGCAGGCUUGGUCGGUCCUGGCGCCCAGGUUUCUGCAGCGUCCGCCGCGGCUGGAGCGCCGCCUACAGCUGACCCCGAGAAGCGCAAGCUCAUCCAGCAGCAACUGGUGCUCCUGCUCCAUGCACACAAGUGCCAGCGGCGGGAGCAGGCCAACGGUGAAGUCCGCCAGUGCAACCUGCCCCACUGCCGCACUAUGAAGAACGUCCUCAAUCACAUGACUCACUGCCAGGCUGGCAAGUCCUGUCAGGGUGAGUAGAAGGGAUGCUGAGCGGGCCUAUUUUGGAUAUAUUCAAGUGUUGGCAAAGAUAACACAAAGUUAAUUAGUUAUGCUUCAUUGUAGGGAUGAACCGUGUGGCAACAGAAAAGAGAUGAAGAUACCAACAGUUAGAGUCUAAACUUAGAUUUCUACUUAAUCACUCAGUGUAGUACUUAUGCGGACUGAAUCUGUUGUAGUUUGGUCUCUUUUCUGACACUGUCAUGCAGAUUCUAAUAUGUGUAUGUACACCACUCGUCAAAAAACACUGAGAACUCACAGAACCUUCUUAAACGAAGACCUAGUAUUUUCAUACCCAGCAUACACAGCCUAAUAACAUGUUGAAUUCACUCCAUGGAGGGGAUGUGCUUUUCGUUCAGCCCAUGGUCUGCUCCCAGGCGCUCUGUCUGUGAAUUAUAAACAACAACAUGCGUCUGUGCAUGAGCAUCGAGCCGCAAAAGAUGGCAACGGACUGUGCCAAUACGACAGUCCCUCUGGAUUUGCAGAUCGUGAACACAUUUAUGAUCUAAUAUUGACCUACUGCACACGCCUAACUGAAUGAAACAGUCAGUGGACCCGGCAAAAUUAUCAUUUGUACGUCUGCUUCAGUGAAGGUUAGUUGUUGACACAGUCAGGUAUUUGUGUACAGCUACACAAAAAAACAUCAUGCAGACUGUAGAGAUGGAAAAAUAUGACGGCCAUGAUCACUCAAGUUUAGUCUGAAACCACAAUGUUGAUAUUUUGAUAGACCUUCAGCAGAGUCACCAUGUAUGCUCACAGACGAUGUCCAGUAUUCAUUCUGAUUUUAUAGGUUGAUGUUUUGGUUGAAAUUGAAUUCACUGGUUGUCUUGACUUUAGAUACCUGAAAAGAUACAUCAGUGACUCAUGCAAUAGUUAAUUUCUUGUGCAAACAAACAAGCAGUGAAGGGGGAGGUAUAAGUAAUGAAAGGUUAUAGCAGCACACAAAGCUCAGAAUGAACUUGACUUGGCGCUGGUGCACCAGACUUGGAAAAAUUAGGAGCAGCAGCCAAAUUUAAGAGCACCCUCUGAAAUUGAAGGAGUACUAUAACUACAAUAUAACAGCAGUGCUUUUGUUGAGAAACAGCACUGCCACAAGGUCUUUACAACAGUAUCAUUAAUAAUGGCUUCAGCAAUGUUCGGCUGACUAGACCAAGUCCAUCAGCAUUUCUUCAUCUGUUCUGUUCAGCUGCUUUGGUUUCUGAGCCCCGAGUCUAACCACAGUGAGACGCAGGGAACAGGAGGGAUUGAAGGCUAAUAUUAACCAAUCUCAAAUCAGCACUGAAAGUUACAUACAUCAGGCGGAAGUUUGAUUAGUUAUGUACCGUAUUUUUCGCACUAUAAGGCGCACUUAAAAUCCUUUUGGCUUGUCGGAGCACUGCAGCUACUGUAGCCUUGUGGAGUUAUUGAAUGAGUUACAGUUUGACUUAUCUGACUGUUUUGUUUGGCUUAAUGCGCUUUAUAAUCCGGUGCGCUUUAUGUAUGAAAAUAGACGCGUUCAUUGAUGGUGCGCCUUAUAAUCAGGUGCGCCUUAUAGUGUGAAAAAUAAGGUAAGUGUUGUUUUUAAGCUAGGUGGUUGAUUAGUACUGUCUGUUAACAGGCACACUGCUCCUCUUAGCAAGUGUUAUUAAUCUACGACUGAUAACUGUAUCUAGAAUAGAAAUUCAGUGUUUCACCAGAAUAAGUAUUUCCAUUUGCACAAAUGCUCCUCAUACUUUGAAGUUGCACAGAUUAAAUUUUAAAAAAUUUGAGCCCCUGAUACUGACUUUACAUGUGAGCACAGGUGUUUUCUCUCUCUUCAGCUACUUUACUGAAAACAGAUCAACACCAGUCAGCUAACUUGAAAACCUUUUACUCUGUCCUGAUAAUCCAGGAGAAUAAAAGUGAUCCCUUAUUUAAUUUUGCCUCAUUCUUGUUCUUUGCCUCUUUUCUCCUCUCCCCCUUUUUGUCCCUGUGAUUUCCAUCUCCUCCCUCCUUUCGGCCCUCUUUAUAUCUCAGUUGCACACUGUGCAUCAUCGAGGCAGAUCAUCUCCCAUUGGAAGAACUGCACGCGACAUGAUUGCCCUGUCUGCCUGCCGCUGAAGAAUGCUGGGGACAAGAGGAACCCGCAGUGUGAGUGUCUGUAUCUGACCAAACAGCUAUUUACCUGCAAAUUUCUUUUAUUGAUCAUUUUGUCCAUCUGCAUAGUAUUUUCUUCUUAUUAUUUCAGUACUAUUUUCUUCACAUUUAGUUUAUUAUUGCAUAUGAACUGCCUGGUGAAGGCCCUAAAAGUAGUGUCAAGCAAUAACUAAUCCAUAGUGUACUCUUAAAUGUUUGAACCUCUCUGCUGUGUUUUAUGUAAACUUUGUGUCGCAGGCUGCUCUCGAGCUUGUCAUGAAUUUUUUCAUCAGAAUCAAUCAGAUGUAUUAUUUACCAUCUCUUCUUCGUUUUAUUUCCUCACAGCUCUGCUUGGUGGAGCUGCUGCAGGUCUAGGCAGCUCCCUUGGAGCAGUGCCAGGCGGCCAACCAAGUGCUCCCAACCUCAACCAGCCGAGCCAGAUUGACCCCAGUUCCAUAGAAAGAGCCUACGCAGCCCUGGGCCUCACGUACCAAGGCAACCAGAUCCAGGCUCAGACUGCCCAGCCCAACAUGCCCAACCAAGGCCUGCAGGGCCAGGCAGGCAUGAGGCCUCUGAACCCGUUAGGUGAGUCAGACUGCAUGCUCGCUCAACCUCACUGAGAGUGGGGUAUUUUCACUAGAAAGAUGUCUGUGCUCCUGGCGACACUAGAGAGCUUUAUUUUUUAAAGGAAAGAUCUCUGAGAACUGAGACCACAUGUACAAACUUUGACGUCCUGAUCAUCUAUCUGUAGGUGCGAAUCCCAUGGGAGUCAAUGGGGGUGUUGGCACUCCCACUCAAAGCCAACAAGCCAACCUCCUGCAGGAUACCAUGAUGCACCUCAAUGUGACCAGCCAAGGGUAAGGAGGCAAACACCAUAACAUGUCAUUUUGCUGGGUCCUUGAUUGGACGUGUCUACUGUGGCCAAAGAUUUUCAGCUUUCACAGAGUUUUAUAUCAGAGCACUUCUACACUUCUACGUUAAAAAAAAAAUAAAAGAAGUUCAUCAUGCCUCUUAUCUCCUGCAGUCUAAUGAAUGACGCCAGUGGAGUCGGCUCCAUGCCGACAGCAGGUCCUGCCUCUGCCACAGGCAUGAGGAAAAGCUGGCAUGAGGACAUUACGCAGGAUUUACGAAACCACUUGGUGCACAAAUUGUAAGUAUCAAAGAGAGACCUUGUGCUUCAUUUAAGUUUGCAUGUUAUUCAAGAUGCAUGUGUUCAGAAACCCCCGACUUUAAUCAAACUGGUAUCUGCUUUCUUUGAUUUGAAGAUUCAUUAAACAGUCAAAAUGUGUCCCCAGUGCAUCACUUUUAGUUCUAAUAGUUGUUUAUGAAUACAAGGUGCAAACCAAAUACAUAAGCUGUCAAAUAAAACAGUGAGAACUUGACAGGAUUUUGAUUUUUAACUUAAAUGGAAAAACCACAUUGACUAUACACUCCUACUAGGAAGACACAGAUGCACACACUGGAUUACGUGUUACUCGCUAAUCUAGGAGGGACUGUGAUGAGGUCUUUUGCCACAUCAACACUAAUACAAAACCAAUUAAAAUAAAAAAACAGAAACUAAUUUUUUUAUUUGGCCUUUUCUUCUGUUGAUUUUCCACCUACAGAGUUCAGGCCAUCUUUCCAACUCCAGACCCUGCAGCCCUCAAAGACCGCCGCAUGGAGAACCUGGUGGCCUACGCCAGAAAAGUUGAGGGUGACAUGUACGAGUCGGCCAACAGCCGAGUAAGUUUCUGUCUGCUUGAGCUCACUGUCAUAUUAAUCCUGGAGACCUUUUUUUUUUUGCAAUUGCUUGAAGAUGCAGAGACCUUUCAGUGAGUUUGUUAAGUGUAAUUGCUAAGUGGAAACUUGAAGCACACAGGUCCAUGUUUUGAUGUUUACUCCAGCAGUUACACAUCCUCUUUUGUGUUUUUUGUUUGGUUGCAAAAACCUUUAUGUUCUUAACACUUCAUGUAUCCUUCCUUUGUCUUUACAGGCUGAGUACUAUCACCUACUGGCUGAGAAGAUCUAUAAGAUCCAGAAGGAGCUGGAGGAGAAGAGGAGAACCCGCCUCCAGAAGCAGGGUCUGGGCCUUGGGCCUGCCGGCAUGGGUCAGCCCCCGACUGGACUUCCUCCAAGUAAAUGGAACUGCAGCGCAUGUAGACUUGGAUGAGCUUAUGUUUCAUUUGGCUGCAGGCGUUCAUGUGAACACUAAUUCAGUGGAAUGUGCCAUUUUGAUAUUUUAGCAUUAGUUUGUAACUCUAAACUCAUGGAGUGUGAUCUGUAACCCCAGAUUUGUCCCCUCAGGGUUCUUCCUAUCAUGCUGAAUUAUCUUGAUGCUUUCGUUUUGGUAUAAGUCUGUAAAAUUAGAAAAAAAAAGACAGAAUAGAUUUACCUCGUCUAUUAAACUGUUCAGCUGUUGUUCUGAGAGACUUCACAGCUGAGAAGAGAGUUCUCACAGGGAGUCAACAAAAAACUGAAUCAUCGCGGCUCAUAAAACAGCUCGAUUUUCUUAGUCAUACAUCUUUGUUUUAAUUUACAGACGGUCCCCUCCCUGACCCAACAAUGGUGCGGCCAGCUGGACCAAAUCAGAUGGUUAACAGGAUGCAAGGCCCAGGUAAAGAGCUACUCAGAACCAGGAUCACACUGUGCUUGUUGUGCAGUAUAAUCUCAGUAGAAGAGACGAACGUCUGUUGCGGUCUGUACUAUCUACUGUGUAACUACUGCUAUCUUAUGCAGCUAUACUGUUUUCUCUGUGUUUGAUCAGGCAUGAAUCAGUUUAAUCAGAUGGGGAUGCAGUGUGUGGGUCAAAGGUCGACGCCUCCUCUUCCAAUGGGAGCAUCGGGCAACCAGGUCUGUACUGAACCUGCCAAACAUAGAUUUAGUUGUAAUGGGUCUGUAAAUGCAUGUAGCUCUGACGUUGAAUUACACUGUGUCCAAUAGUGUCAACCAGGGUCUGAUGUUUUCAUAACAUAAAGAACAGACAUGUCAAAUAUGAAGAUCGUGUAUUAAAUCUCUUUCACACCCUUUUAUGUUCAGAUGGGGAUGGUUGGACCAAGGAUGGGACAGCCGAAUGUGAAUCAGCUUCAGAACCAGUAUCUGCCCCAGGGACAGUUCCCUGGAUCAGGUCCUGGAGUUGGAGCAGCUCAGCCUGGGAUGGCCCAACCUGGGGCACAGGCAGGCAUGGCACAGGUAAACGUCCUUCAGCUCUUUUCUUUUGUGAGCGGUAUCCUAAAAGAGGUCAUGAGGCAGAUUAAACAUCAGCAGUUUUUAAAAAAAUAGAUGAACUCUUUUAGUUUAUUUUGUAAAAGGGCUUAUAGAUACACGAGUGCAUCAAAAUAAAAGGACUUAGUGUCCCUGAUUCUAUUUUAGCAACAUUUUCUGUGUUUGAUGUGUUAACUGUAGUGGUAAGGACCGAGCAAGGGUCUUGUGGGACAGGAAAUAUGUUAGGAGAGAGACAUUUAGAAAUUCAACGUGAAAUUUUGUUCAUCUGAAUCAUGCAAAACAUUAAGAACGACCCUAAACUGAAUUUACUUUAAUGUGUCAGAUCUGUGUACCUUUAAUUUCUGUACCCCUGUCUUAACUCUUUAUUCCUAUUCUCUUCUCGAUCAGGCGCAGAUGGGCACUCCUCCGUCUCUUCCAGUUGCUAGUCCUCUUGCACAGCCAGGUUCAGCCAGUGGUCCUGGCAGUGUCCCCACAGUCGGGCCCAUGGGUCCUCAGAGUGUGGGUGCUGGAGGUCCCAACUCAUCUGUCGCUGCGUCGUCGAUGACUCCAACUAACUCAAACCAGCAGCCGAACUCCAUCCCCCAUUUGGCAGCCAUGCGAGGCAGCUCUCCCUCUCCUGCUCACAGCAGGUCUCCUACCCCUCACCAAACGCCCCCGAGACUAGCUGGGUCCCAGACCCCGCAGCCACACACACCUAACGCACCGCAGCUGGCGCCACCUUCAGUCCCCCAGCAGAAUCAGCAUGGUCAGGGCCCUGGCUCGAACAAGUCCCUUCAGCAGCAGCAGCACAUGGGACCGUCUGGUUCAACCACUCCGUCUCACCCUGGACUGGCCUCCAGCUCGACACCCCACGGUGCUCAGCUGCCACGCACGCCGGUCAGUGUUAAUCAACAUGAAUUAAUUCAAACAGUUUGAUUGCUUAUUUUAUUCCUGGCGUACUUAUUAACCCUUCUGUAGUGUCAGAUAAUGCCUGUCAGGGAUUCUGUAAUUUUGCCAAAGAUGAUCUGAUCUUAAUCAUGUUGCCAGAAAUUUUGUGAUUUCCUCAUUUAUGAUUAAUCAUUUUAGGAGUCUCAGUGUGUCCCAUGCUUUGAUUGUUUAGCCACUCUGUAUUCUUUUUACUCGUAAAUAUUUUCACUUCUUUCCAGCACCUGACUCUGUGUCUGUGUCUCUCUAGCUUUCCCAAAAGGGUUCUUUCCAGGCAGACAGUCAGGCCAUGACUCCAGCCUCAGUCAACAGCCUGGACACCUCCUCUCAGCAGGCUCAGCUGGACACUUCAGCCACUAACCUUGAAACCAAGAUGGAGGUAAAGCAGCAGGACGAGGAGGAUGAGAGUGAUACAGGCAGCUGUUCGAAAGGUGGGAAACUUGGCAAUCUGAAAACAGAAGAGAAGCCUGUGAAAACCGAGCUGAAAAAGGAGGAGUGUUCUGGUGAGGGGGGUAAAGGGGGCGCUAUGGAUACAUCAGCGCCUUCAGCAGUCGUGAAGACGGAAGACAGGAAACCGGAAGUGAAGAAGGAGGCAAAAGAGGAAGAAGAGACGUCGGAGGCUACACCACAAGCUCCAGCAAAAAAGAAGAGUGAGAGAAACUUUUUUUUCUCUCUAUACUGUUGGUUUUAUGUUUUCACAUGGGGGAAUAUUUUAUUUUAUUUAUUUAUUUUUUAACACAGGGUCUUCAUUGGGUUGUGCAUCUAAUCUAUCAGUCAUUUUCCAAUUCUCACUUUACACUUUGAUCUCUAUUCCCUUUCAGUUUUUAAGCCAGAAGAGCUUCGCCAGGCCCUGAUGCCCACACUAGAAUCUCUUUACAGACAAGAUCCCGAGUCCCUGCCCUUCAGAAUGCCUGUAGACCCACAACUGCUGUGCAUACCUGUACGUAUUCUCACUGAGGUUCAGGCGUACCUCCUUCUCCUAUUUUAAAUCAACAUAGUCUGCAUUCAAAUACAGUAAAUUUACCUUUGGCUUUGGAGUAGUUUCCUCAUUUAGAAGAGUUUGAUUGUAAAUCGACUAACUUGUGCCACAAGAUGUAGUCUUCAUGUCAUCCUUCUCCUUGUAAUGCAUGAUAAACUCAAAUAAGAUGAGGGUUACGUGAUAAACAUAUGCUUCUUGUGUUUCUUUAGGACUACUUUGACAUUGUGAAAAAUCCAAUGGACUUGUCUACCAUCAAACGAAAGCUGGACACAGGUGAGCUGUUCUGGCGAGAUUUUUUAACGCUUGAUCCAAAGAAAGAAAAAAAUCUACUGUUUUCCUCGAUGUAUGAGCCCCUCAUUGUCAAGCUGACCUGUAAAGAAGAUUAUUCUUUUUUGUUUUUGACAUGACUUGCUGCUUCCACUGAACAUCAAUACUUUUCUCCUUAACUCUUGUUGGAGAUGCAUAAAGAUACAAUCCGCUCUUAACCACAUUUAAAGUGUUUUUAUGAAAUUCUCAUGCUUUGUGUCUGGGUUACAGGUCAGUACCAGGAUCCCUGGCAGUACGUGGAGGACAUCUGGCUGAUGUUCAACAAUGCCUGGCUUUACAACCGCAAAACAUCCAGAGUCUACAAGUACUGCUCCAAGCUGGCCGAGGUCUUUGAGCAGGAGAUCGAUCCUGUUAUGCAGAGCCUCGGCUACUGCUGCGGGAGGAAGGUAAGACAGAGAGCCGGACCGGUGAAGUCAUGACAAAGAGAAGCUUUAAGGUUAAAAUGCUUCAGUUUAAAAGUAAAGGUGUAAGUCACAGCAAAAUGACUUGUUGGUUUUUGGGCUCAUUUGCAGGGAUGAUUUUGUAUUUUUUUUUUGUUCCUUUCUUUUUAUGAAUAGUUUUUAUUUUUAAGUUUUAGGCUGAAAAAAUCAAAACAUUAAAGUUAUAAUUUUCAGUCUUUUCUCAGAGUUAAGACAUCUUUGUAUCUGAUACAGAACAUUGGAAGUGCUGCAUCAAAUCCACAUCUAUCUCUUGUAUUAUGCAUGCAGAGGACCAUGAGUUAGGACCUUUAGAAUAUGUUUUAGAUGGAGAAAUUAACUGCCAUCAUACACAUCUGAAAAUAGAAGGUGUAAAGAGGGUGAUGGCUAAUUUUGGCCUUGGGCAUACCACUGCCAUAUCACAUUUCAACUCUCAUUAGACUCAGCUAUAUUUGGUUUUGCAGACAAAUAACAAAACAGAUUGGCUCUUAUAAUAAAGAUUGUCUGAAAGGUAACCCCUGACAGGGUUCAUUCUGGAGGCAGAUACCUGCACUUGAAGACGAGGAGAUGAGUUUGGGGUCUGAAAGGGUUCUGUAAAAAAUCUGCAGUCCAAAUAUGAUUGACAAGCAGCAUUGAGUGUGCUUUGGUUGUAUAGGAAAAAUGCUUAGUGACGAGCAAAAUCAGGGGAGAAUAUAGGCUUCACUUUAAUCCUUUGAAAUAAUGCAUCAAAUGUCAUGAAUAAUCUCUCAGCCACAGACUUGGUUUGAUAAGAAGUGGAAGGUGUUGAUCAAAUCAUAUAAACCAUGUAAAGCUUUUAUUCAAUUGGAAAUGGCUCAAAGACAAUGUGUGACAUGCAGAAACUGUUUUUCUAAAAACAGAGUUCCUACACAAAUAUAAAAAAGUGUGUAAAAAAAUUUGAUCAAUUUCCAGGUCUUAAAGAGUAUGGAAAAUGAAAAAUAAAUAUUGAAAAAUAUUUAUGUUUCCAGGCCAUUACCACAGUUCUAAAAUACUGUUUUCUAAAAUAGAAAAGUAGGUAUUUCCAAAAAUAAUUCUAAAAAGUAGGGUCUGGAAAAGUAUGGACAAUUCAACUAUGAAGGAACCCUGUAAAAAGUAUGCACUCUUUUUGUACUUUAAUGCCAGAGUCACAUUUCAAACAUUUAACACAGGGGCAUCAUUGUGUUGCAUCAUUUCUUCUAAUAAUAAAUGUAAAUGUUUGUGAAACAAGGAGACCAGCUUCUAGAGAUCAAAUGUUUCCAAUCCUGCCUGAUAGGAUUUCAGCUACCCAGAGGUUUUGGGGUCUUUGUUGUCACUGUUGUGUCAUGGAUGGUGCUCCAGUUUGUUUCCAAAAGGUGACAUGCCAGAACUGCUGGCUGGCCAAGUUAGCACCUUUACUUCUCUGCUCCAGAGAUUUGCUGUAGUGAAUCCUGCAAAAAGGGAGUUUUGCUGUAUCAUUUCAGGUCUUUCCUGGGAAAAAAAAGGUAGCAGCAUUAAUGGGGCUUACUCGGGGUUGUGAAUUAGCCAUGUUAUGAGCACAUUUCAGUUCCAUACCAACAAGGAUGCUGGUUUUGGAAGCUGGGUGCUCCCGCCUUUCUUUAUUGCACAUGAUGCAGCAUCCGUUUAUUCCAAAAAGAGUGAAUCGAAUUUGACUCUUACUUGAAUAGUUCAAGCCCAGAGAAGUCACUGGAGUCCCUGGAUCAUGUUUACAUAUGGUUCCCUCUUUACGUAAAGGUGCAGUUUUAGCCCUGCGUUAGUGGCAAACUGAUCAUAGACUAUGGUUUUGGUAUGUAAUUUGAGCCCAUGGAGGGAUUUCCACUACAGAGUCCUAAUUGUUUUGAAAUGUUGGCAUCAAAUUCAAAAUGAGCUUAUAUUUGAUAAUAAGGAGACCAGCUUCUAGAGAUCAAAUUACAUUAGCUUUGUAGUCCUUGCACUAUUUUUUUGUUGAAGACAGGCUUUUUAAGUUUUACAAACGAUCCAAUUCUAUCUUUUUCAACGUUUUCCACAGUGUCCCAGCUCUACAGGAAUGUAGGUUAUACAUUUUUAUCAUUCAGGCUGUUGUUGCAAGUCUGACAAAUGGUUGUUUUAGCCAAGACUAUCACUUUAUCACUUUGCUAAAUAUCCUGUUUUACUGGCAGACACACAAAUCAGACAUCAGCUGGUGGGUGAAACAAAGAAAGUUAUUUUUGUUAGCUGAAAAUUUUUUAAAUGUUAGCCAAACAGCUAUCAGCUUAGCCCAUGAUGUCUCUGAGAAAUCAGUCUUUUUGUUUCACUCUGAGUUCACCACCAUCUACUAUCAGCAUUAUUGGUCUGACUAAACUACAGGUGGAGGUGUAGAGAUGUCUUGUUUGUGAAACAAGAGUGUUUACCCUUCAUUGUUAAAGGUGUGUGUGACUGCAGGUCUCAUUAUAGAUGCUAAGAGAAAGUCCUUAUCUUCUCUUCUGUUUUUUCUCCAUCAGCUGGAGUUCUCCCCUCAGACUCUCUGCUGCUACGGAAAGCAGCUGUGCACUAUUCCCCGAGAUGCUGCUUACUUCAGCUACCAGAACAGGUAUGCAGGGAGGGAAGCAGAGAGAAGAGAAGGGAUUUGUAAAAGAAGCAGGGACUGUAGAAGUAUAUUAUUGGUAAAGAUGUAGCAGACUUACACAUGUUCUUGAUAGAGUGUUUAAAUUAGAGUCUGUUAGAGAGGCAGAGAUAGAUACUGAGUCUUCAUCUUAGUGUUCAUCUGAUUAAUUUUGUCUCCCAAAACACUUCCCUUCACUUCAUGGCCCCUCAUGUUUUUAACUUCAUGUAAAGCCUAGCGCUCUGGCAUUUUAAUGGUUGGUCCUCUCUUCACAUUCUUUGAGUUAAUGUAGAAAUAAAAAUUCAGUGUAUGAUUUUGUACAAAGAAUUGUCUUUGUCUAAAGGCGACACAGACAAAGCAGAGGAGAUGUCCUUGUCUAAUUAUAGAGAUGCCUUUUUCAUAAAAUCAUCUCUGUUACACUCCACUGAAGCUCCCUGAAUGGACACUUUCCUUGAGGAGAUGCUUAUUUGUUUAAAUUUUCCCUCAUAUCAUCUUUAGUGAUUCUUCCUCUCUCUUUACACCCAUGAGAACUCCACAGGAAUGUGAAAGGACCGACUUUAAAAUGAACUGCUUGAAUGAAUGAACAGCUGAGCUGUCGUCUGUUGCUUACUUGUUCAUAUUUGUUCAGUGUCUGCAUUAUGUCCUGUGCUGCUCCAGUUCCCUCCUCAUGUUUAGCUCCCGUUGAUUCUGCUUCUGCUCUGCUGUGACGGUGCUUGUUGUUGCUUGUCCUCUCAUGUCCAAAUCGCUAAUCUGUGCUUUGCCUCGGCUCUCUACUGCGUGUUGUCUUGGAUGUUUGUCUCGUCCUGUUCCCUGUGUAUGACUUGUCCGUCCUCCCUUCCAAUGGCUGUGAUAUCAACAUUGGCUUGCUUUUGCCUGAACAACCAUGCACCUCCAAACCCAUCCCCUCUCACCCUCACCUCUCAAAAUCAUGACUGGCUGUUGUGAUGACGACUUCCCGCUGUCCUGCGCUCCCACUUCCUGCUUGCUCCGCUUGUGGCACCCCUUCCUUGCCCAUGUCCUGUACUGAUUGGUGACUGCCCUCCCUCCCUUCCUCGCGCUGUCUGUGAUUGACUGUGCUGUGGGGAACGGUGUAGUUCACCAAAAUUUGGGCUUAUUGCUGACAGGUACCACUUCUGUGAAAAGUGCUUCAACGAGAUCCAGGGAGAGACGGUUUCCCUGGGCGACGACCCCACACAGCCUCAGACGUGAGUAAUAGUCUGUGUAAUAAGCGAGACUAAUAUCGUUGAAAAAGACUUAUCCUUUCAUUCAGAAACAAACUCAAGCUUUAAAAAAGCAAAGUCCGUUCCCUCUUUUUCUGAUCGCAUUAGCUGUGUGUUUACUUUGAUGUUUGGCAAACCUGUUUAUAGGAAGGCUAAAGGGUUCACUCAGGUUAUAAAGAAAAUCUGAUCUUAUUGCUGGAUCAUUUUCAGAUCAAUUAACAAGGAUCAGUUUGAGAAGAAGAAGAAUGACACACUGGACCCUGAACUGUAAGUCAGCCUAUGACCAUAGUAAAAGUUUUGAGUUGUAUUCACUGAGCAUGGUUGUAACAAGCUCUCUCCCUCUCUCUGUCAGGCUUGUUGAAUGUAUGGACUGUGGGCGCAGGAUGCACCAGAUUUGCGUAUUACACAAUGACACAAUCUGGCCAUCAGGGUAAGUAGCACUGUCAGAUUCAGGUCAUUGUCAAGGUUUAUUUAAAAUUCACAGUGUAAUUCACCAGAUACUGUUUUGUCUGUUAACAUCUCUAUUUCACAGUUUCGCAUGUGACAGCUGCUUAAAGAAGGCAAAUAAGACGAGGAAAGAGAACAAGUAUUCUGCCAAAAGUGAGUUUGUCAUGUUUGGUUUUAUAAAUGGCAUUUCUGUUCAUACAGAGAACUGGUAUACUGUCUUCAUAUUCACUGACAACUUCCCUUGAAUCCCUUUUUUUCAUAAGUGUAUUUUUCACCUGAGCAGUUGAUUAGAAAACUCUAAUAUAACUGAAAGUAAUUUCCCCGACUCUCCUCAACCCAGGGUUGCCCCAGACGAAGUUGGGCUGUUACCUCGAGCAAAGAGUGAAUGACUUCCUUAAGCGUCAGAACCACACGGAGGCCGGGGAGGUCACCAUUCGUGUCGUCCAUGUUUCUGACAAGGUGGUGGAGGUUAAACCCGGCAUGAAGUCCAGGUACAGGAAAUAAUGAACAUACAUCUACUAUCAUGUAGUUGGGAAUGCCAAGUGUCUAAUAAUUUUCAGCUGUUUAUCACUAAAAAACCACAUCACUCAAGGGAAAAGGUUUUUUCAAACUGCAAUCUAUCAGAGUCUCUAAGUCUUCUUUUUUAAAAUGUGAUUUUGUAGUAACAAGAAGGUUUUUAGGGGUGAUAUUUGUCAUAAAUACUUCUGUUUUCUUUUGUUCUUUAUUUCAUAGUCAGUUUCACCUCAGUGUCUCUAAACCGUGUGAUUUUUUUGUCUACAGGUUUGUGGACAACGGAGAGAUGUCUGAGUCCUUCCCUUACAGGACAAAAGCUCUUUUUGCCUUUGAGGACAUUGAUGGAGCAGAAGUCUGCUUCUUCGGUAUGCAUGUUCAAGAGUAUGGAUCUGACUGCCCUCAGCCCAACCAGAGGUGAGGAUAUUACUACUUCAGAAACAUUUUAUACAUUUCUGUUUGUUCUUACAACAUGCAGCUUCUUUGACAAUUGGGUUCAAGUUCAUAUGAUAUAUAAAUUCCUUCUCUUUGAUCCUUCUAGGCGGGUGUACAUCUCCUACCUUGACAGUGUGCACUUCUUUCGGCCCCGUAGUUUGAGAACAGCAGUAUAUCAUGAAAUCCUUAUAGGCUACUUGGAGUAUGUCAAGAAAUUGGGGUGAGUACAGCUGCAUGUAGAGCAUAUUUUAAGUGUUUGUGCAACUUCUCCCAUCACUUCUCCUGUUUCUCUUUGUCCUUCAAUAAUUUUCGGUUCUGUGUUUGGUCUUUGUGUCUCCUCCUCAGCUACACCACUGGCCACAUCUGGGCCUGUCCGCCAAGUGAAGGGGACGACUACAUCUUCCACUGUCACCCCGCAGACCAGAAGAUCCCAAAACCCAAACGCCUCCAGGAGUGGUACAAGAAGAUGUUAGACAAAGCUGUGGCAGAGCGGAUAGUACAUGAUUACAAGGUUAGGAUUCAGAUUUGUUCUUUAGUGUAUUCAAAGGGUCAGACUUACUGAACUUUGAGAGCAUAGUUGUGAAUCUCCUGGCUAAACCUCAGCUUGCAUCAAAACACUAACUUUAUUUUCAAUCUCUCCCAAAAGGAUAUCUUCAAGCAGGCGACAGAGGACCGUUUGACCAGUGCCAAGGAGCUGCCUUACUUCGAGGGGGAUUUCUGGCCCAACGUGUUGGAGGAGAGCAUCAAAGAGCUGGAGCAAGAGGAGGAGGAGAGGAAAAGAGAGGAGAACAGCACUUCAAACGAGAGUAUCGAUGUAAGAAUGCUCACAUUGCCAUCAUUUGUUGGAAGUGUGUAGUUUUCUCACAGGUGUAAGCAUCUACAUUUUCUUUUCUUCCGCCUGUAGGACACGAAAGGUGACAGCAAAAAUGCAAAGAAGAAGAACAACAAGAAGACGAGUAAGAACAAGAGCAGCAUGAGCCGAGCCAAUAAGAAGAAGCCAGGGAUGCCUAAUGUCUCCAAUGACCUCUCACAGAAACUGUACGCCACUAUGGAGAAACACAAGGAGGUAUGAGACCAAGACAUGGGAGACUGUUCAUGACUGAAUGACCUGAUAGAUGUUCUUAGAUGAGCAAAGUUUAGUAAGUCCAGAUUUCAGCUGUGUCUCAUCUCUUCUUUCUGUCCCAGGUAUUCUUUGUGAUCCGGCUCAUCGCUGGUCCCAUGGCAAACGCCUUGCCGCCUAUCUCGGAUCCCGAUCCCCUGAUGGCCUGUGACCUCAUGGAUGGCCGUGAUGCUUUCUUGACACUGGCCCGGGACAAACACCUGGAGUUCAGCUCUCUGAGGAGGUCCAAGUGGAGCUCCAUGUGCAUGUUGGUGGAGUUGCAUAACCAAAGCCAGGAUCGGUUUGUCUACACUUGUAACGAGUGCAAGCACCAUGUGGAGACUCGUUUCCACUGCACUGUCUGUGAGGUGAGUUUGGGACGGACUGUUUUGAGAAAACCGGGUUUAACUUGAACACCGGUUCAUUGUCCUGUACGUUUUUGUCGAUGUUUGCUGCAAACAACAUCUAAAUGUUUCAAACUGUCCCCCCACAGGAUUACGACCUCUGCAUUACGUGUUAUAACACUAAGGGCCAUGAGCACAAGAUGGAGAAGUUGGGUCUCGGUUUAGAUGACGAGAGCAGCAACCAGGCUGCAGCUACCACUCAGAGCCCAGGAGACUCUCGCCGCCUCAGCAUCCAGCGCUGCAUCCAGUCCCUCGUCCACGCCUGCCAGUGUCGAAACGCAAACUGCUCUCUGCCGUCCUGCCAGAAGAUGAAACGCGUUGUUCAGCACACAAAGAGCUGCAAGAGGAAAACCAACGGCGGUUGCCCCAUCUGCAAGCAGCUCAUCGCCCUGUGCUGCUACCAUGCUAAGCACUGUCAGGAGAAUAAGUGCCCGGUUCCGUUCUGCCUAAACAUCAAGCACAAGCUCCGACAACAGCAGCUGCAGCAUCGCCUCCAACAGGCCCAGAUGCUCAGGAGGAGGAUGGCCAGCAUGCAGAGAGCCGGUCAGCCGGCUCCUGGUGGAGCUCCUGGGGGCAACGGCCUCCCCUCUCCGGGAGCCAACAACGGAGCAACUGGUCCUGGUACGCCUACAUCUGUUGGCACGCAGCCUCCUACCCCUCAGACACCGACCCAAGGCAACAUGGCUUCUCUCCCUCAGCAGCAGGGCGUGGGUAUGGGUGGAAUGGGAGGAAUGGGAACUCCAGGCCAGCAACAGCAGCUUCAGCAGCAAGGCGGUGCCAUGCCCCCUCAACACCAUCUCCAUCAGUUUCAACCUGUGGCAGGCGGGGGUGGAGGGGGGAUGAUGAACUCGCCUCAACAGCAGAUGGUGCCCCAGCUUCAGCAGCAGCCCCCCAAUGUCCAGCAGCUCCAGCAGCAACAUCCUGGUGGUUUGCCUCCAUACAACCCCAGACCACCUGGAGCUUCGCCUUUACACCAGUCUCUUGGCAAACCUGGACUGGGUCCUGCUACUCCACCCCAGCAGCAGCAACAACCCAAUCAGGGUCAAGGAGCCAUGCCUGUAUCUGGCCAGCAGCAGGGGCCCCCUUUGGCUGCUGUGGAGACCGCCCUAAAGAUCCAGCGUCUAGCAGAGACCCAGAGACAGAUGGCUCAGGCCCAGGCUCAGGCCCAGAUACGUGGCCUCGGACAAGGGGGCAUGAUACCACCACAUGGCCACCACCAAAACACCCAGAACCAGAUGGGCAUGCCACAUAUGGGGGCUCAGGGUAUGCCUCCCCAGGCUCAGGGAGUUGUUGGCAGGACUAUGUUAGAUCCACAGCAGCAGGGAAUGCUAGCAGGGAUGCAGCAAGGUGGUCCCCAGUCUCAGUUGCCACCUCAAGUUCAGCAGCAGCUCCAGCAAGUCCAGCAGGGAGCAGGUGGUCAACUUCAGCCAGGAAACCAGCAGUGGGGGCCUGGAGGCCCAGCCAUGAACCCACAACAGAGGCCUGGCAUGAUGGGUCACAUGCCGCCGCAGCAGCAGGCAGCCGUUGGCCAGCAACCACAGCAGCAAAUGACUCAGCAACAACUGCAACAAGGAAACCGCACCCUGAUGCAGGUGAUGAGUGCAGCGGGAGCGGCAGGAGGAACGCCCGCAGCACUAGCGAACGCAGCUGCAUCAGGAAACCUCCCACAGGCCGCACUACAAGAUCUUCUGAGGACCCUGCGCUCCCCAAGCUCCCCCCUCCAACAGCAGCAAGUCCUCAACAUCCUACGCUCCAACCCCACUCUGAUGGCUGCUUUCAUCAGGCAAAGAGCGGCCAGGUAUCAGGGGGGUCAGGGGGGGCCUGGAGGACCAGGAGGGCCUCCACAAGGCGGCCCUGGAGGUGUGAGGUUCCCUGGAGCCGCAGGAGGGCUGCCUGGGGCUAACAUGGACGGGCAACAGCAGGUAAAUGUGAACCAGGCAGGUCAGCCAGGGAUGAACAUGGCUCAGGGUGGAGCAGGAGGAGGAAACAUGCCCACCAUGGCUCAGCUACAGCAGUUACAACAACAGCAACAGCAGCAGCAACAACAACAACAACAACAACAACAGCGCCCCAUGUUGCCUGCUAACCUCCAGCAACAGCAAAUGGCUGCAUUACAACAACAACAACAACAGCAGCAGCAACAAGGAGCAAUGCAAGCAGGUCAACAAAGCAACAUGGCCAAUAUGACGCCACAGUUCAGAGAGUUGUUGAUGAGGCGACACCUGCAGCAGCAGCAGCAACAACAACAACAGCAGCAGCAGCAGCAGCAGCAGAUGGGUAACCACGGACAGUUCCAACAGCCUCAAGGACUUCAGCAGCAGCAGGGCCAACAGGGCUUCAUGCAGCCAGGCCAGGGACAGCCAGGGAUGCCCCCCUCCUCUCAACCCCAGCCUGGGGGGGGAGUAGGGGGUCCCCAGCAGCAGCAAGGAGGACCUCAGGGGGGCUCAGGACAGAUGGGGCAGCAGCAAGGCUAUCCUAACUCCAUGUCCCAGGUAGCUGCGGCGCUUCAGCAACGGCUGCAGCAUCAGAUUCAGAUGCAGCAGCAGCAGCAACAACAGCAGCAGCAGAGUUCGAUGGGUGGGCUUCAAGGACAAGAUGGCGGGCCAGGUGGAGGCUCAGGAGGGUCUGGAGGACCGCCACUCCAGCCUGGACAAGGUGGACCGGGGCAGGGGCCGCAGCAGCAAGGUGGAGUCGGCGGAGGGGGUGGUGGCCCGCCGCUGCCGCAGACGACACAGAGCAUGCUUCACCAGAACAUCCACCAGAGGCUCCUCCAGCAGCAGCACCUAGGCGGGGGGUCUCCUGCUCACCACAGCAGUCCCAUGAGUCCCCAGCAGCAGUUGGCACAGUCUCCCCACCCCCACCUCCAAGGACAAGGAGGACUCGGUCCCGCAGGUUCGCUCAGCAGUCAGGUCCGGUCGCCCCAGCCCUCGCCUCGGCCGCAGUCACAACCUCCACACUCCAGCCCGUCCCCACGCAUGCAGCCCUCCACCCAGCCCCAGCCUCAACCAUCCCCUCAUCGCAUCUCCCCACAGACCCAGACUGGCUCACCCCACCCCGCCCAUCUAGGCCAACAUCACCCAAGUAUGGCUCCACCGCAACCUCCACAGCCCCAGCAGCAGGCGUUAUCGCAGCAGCCGGGCGGUUCUGUGGACACGUCUCAGUUCAGCUCAGACCAGAACUCCAUCAUGUCGCAGCUGAGCGGAAUGACAGGGAUGCACGGCGGGCAGGGGGGGCAGUCGGACAUGUUGGGUGGGAAUAAUAACAGCAACAACACCAACCAGGAGCUGGGGACGAACAUUAACCAUAACAGUUUAGACCUGAUAUAGCCUUGACUGGGUCUGUCUCUCUCUGUGUUGACGCUCUGAUCGGUUGCCCCGAACAACAAACUGCCAUGAGAGGAGAGGCGGCGGGACUACGGCUUUGGGGUUUUAGAAGUUUUUAUUUUUUAUUUAAAUAUUUUUGUGAUGUAUAAAUAAGAACUGAAGCUUCCUUCCUAUGGGAGAUGCAACAUAAAUCUUAGAAGUCAAUAAAUGAAUAAAUUAAAACAAUGGUAAGUUAUUGCUGUUAAUAUAUAUCUAUAUAUUUUUGCCAAUUGUGUACAAAAAGGUGGAAGGGCAGUGUUUCAGGUUGAAGAUAUUUCUUCCUUAGUCUAUGACACAAUAUUUUUGGGGACUGAGAAUUUUUGCCUUUUUAUGAAUAUUUUUAAGAUUUUAAAUGUGGCUAAAAAUUAAAGUGAGUUGACACGAUGUACCUUUUUUAUCGUUUUGUUUUCCGCUUCAAAUACUUGGUCAUAAUUGUAUCUAUUUUGCAGAGUAAGUAUAUUUUAUUUCUGGGUUCAUUUUUUUCCACCCCGUCAUGGAGUCAUCAAACAAGCAUCAACAUAUCUCCUUUUUCUGGACCGUUUUUACAGCAUUGUACAGUGACUGCAACAAUUCACAUAUGUAGAGUAAUUAUUGUUUGCUAUGCCGGUGGGAGGGUGUUCGAUGCAGUUUAAUUUCACCAGGGUUUUUUUUUUUUUUUUAAAUUUGCUUUAUUUGUUUAUUUUGGCAGGGUCUAUUGAUCUAUAAAUGAAACCUCAGCAGUGUUUUGGGGAGUGGGCGACGUUAACAGUGGGUUUGGUCAAGUUUUGCAAUGUCCAAAUCUGCGGAUCAAACCCCUCUGCACCUGUAGGCCACCCUCCAUCUUCAGUUACCCUAUGAAUGUGCACACCUUCCUCACCCCUAACCCCUAACCCCACCCCUGUGAUAAAAUGGAGGGAUGAACUGUUGAUUUCUGAUCGUCUCGGUGUCAGGUGUGUUGUUUAAAGCUGGCUGAUGUUAGAAGGUUAUGUGUGUGUGUGUAAAUAUAUUCAAGCCUUGUUGAUGAACUGUGAUAUGUGAAAGAGGUUGAUCAAGUUGUUGUCUGGGCUGCAGAGGUUUGAGAAAAUCCUGCCUGUUUCCUCAUCCCCUCGAACGGUUUCCUUGUCCUCUCCUCAUCCUCAUGACUGCCUCUCAGCCACAAAAUUUAUUUCAAUGUUAGAGCUGUACAAAUAAGAAAUGGUGGACUUAGAUACUGUUUUUGUAAUGAAAGCAAAAGAUGUAAAAAAAAAAAAAAAAAAAAUCAUGUACAUACUUUAAACCUUACGAGCAGAGACGUUAUUUUCUGCUGCUUCUUUCCCCUCUUGUUUGAUUGGAUAUUUGCUGUAUCUGUAAAAACUACAAAAGUACUCCUGAGCUACUGUACAGUAUUGAGAUUUUUUCUAAAAGGUACAGUGUGGGGUGUAGUCGGUCACAAGCACCAAUGCGCCUUUUUCUGUGUAUUUUUGACAAGGUUUUUUGGGGGGGUGGGGGUGGGGGUUACUGUAACAACUUACACACCUGAACAAUCUCAAAAACUUUAACCUGCAAGAAGUGGAGCUGGGGUCACGGGUUCAUUCAAGGUGUGAUCUGUAAGAAUUUAAACCUGGUCAUUUAGCUUUUUAUGGAGAGGACUGAAGACACAAUAUUCACAUGCUCACUAUUUUUCUCAAAAGGUUGGGCUUGCUGGGUAUGGGGAGGGGACGCAUCAGAUCCAGGUGGCAAUAUAUCUUGAGACUUAUUUUAUAAGAAAAAACAAGGAAAAACUGUCUUUUAUAUAUAGAUAUAUUAUUUAAUUUUAUUUUUUGGAAAUAAAACUUGAAGCUACAGGAAUUAUUAGAUAAAACAUGUUUUGUUUUGUAUUAAAGAUGUUAUGGUGAUGCAAAAAGACACUGCAGACAGUCAUUCAGUUUGCCCUGGGGAGGCCGUGGAGUAUAUUCUACCAUCCUUUUUAAGAAAUGUUUCAUGUACAUGAAUAUAGUUGUAAACAUACUGAAUCACUGUACAAACCGAUGGCAACUGAACAAAUAGUUUUGUUUUAAUCAUUUCUUCUCCUUAAAAGAGACUGGAAAUAAGACUAUUUAAAUAUUUGUUUAGUAUUCAAAUGGAAUCUUUGACCACUUUUUCGUUCCUCUUGUUAACAAUUUUGGUGCUUGCUGAGAGAAAGCAAAAAUAACUGUUGCUCCAUUUUCAUUAGUUUUUUUUUAAGUUAUUUUGGUGGUCUGAUUGUUUUUUGCCAAUAAAUUAAUUGUACAAUAAAGUAUGUUUGUACCAUUGAAAAAUUACACUAUUGUUGCAUCUUUUUUUUUGUUUACAGUGAGGUAAGAUAGUAAAAGUUAGAUGGAAACUGAAGGAACUGGAUUUCCUUUUAGGCUGUGAGUGAAAUAUCUGAUUUUCCUUGAAAAGGAGGGCUAAAAAUCAAGAGGAAGUAAAUCCAACUCUUCGUCAUCCUCCCUGUUAGCGAAACUACUCACUCUUUUGUGAAAAUUCAGAAAAAAAAACCCACUCAUCCUUUAGUUUCAUCUCCCCUUUCAUCAUUUUUGUUUAUUCCUUAACUCUUCAGGUGUUUCUAAGCAUACAAAUAACUUACAGUUGUUUCAAGACUUAGUAAAAUCAGGCAUCUCCUGUUUGUCAAUAAACAGCAGAACAAAACUGAUACCAAACAGGAGCAACAUUAAUUUUUAUUGGAACUAUAGAAAUAUCCUCUACACGAUGACACUUGGUAGACUGGAGAAGUUUUACGUCACAAUAAAGUGCAAAGUUGCUCACUCAGUGGAGGACGAAAAGCAGCACAAGCAACCACACAGGCCACAGAGUCAUAUCAAGGUGCUUGUUUCACGUAUACACACACACAUACAUAUUUAAAUAUGGCAUCAGCUCAGUGGUUAUCACAAACUGUAUAAAAACGUCUCUGUCAUUCUUCAGCAUGACAAAUAUAGCUGUUAAUUGAAAGAAUAAAUAUACAUUCAGGUUAAUGUAGAAAAAUAAUGACUCCAAAAAUACACCUUCUCCCCCGCUGUCCCUUCAGUCUGUCCCUCCUUUAAGUUCCCAUGCAGUUCAAGUCUUUGUUGCAUCAGGGGCGGAUUGUGCCUGCAGGCGAACAGAAACCAUAUGAUUUUGUGUGUGUGUGUGUGUGUGUGUGUUGUGUACAGGAUAGCGAGAGCCUGACAGACAAAACAACAACAGAAAAAUGCAACAUCAGGCACUUCCGUUCCCUGCAGCUUCACUGUCACACACAAGACAGUUUAGAGAUCACGAGACGCUGACCCAUCAUCCAUCAGUGCGGGAUAAACAUCUUGCUGACCAAUGGGAUGCCUCUGUGGGAGAUUCCACAGACGUGACACAUCACAUCAGCUCCUGUGUCCUCAAGGCAGGAAGCCAGCAGUGUCAGACCAGCAGGCGAGGUUUAGGGUUCGGCUUUUUAUUCUGAUUUCCCACCAUUCAAUUUAUCUGCAGCCUACGACUCAUUUCAGACUCUGCGCAGGGACCCUGACCCCUUUGACCACGACCAUUUCUUUAGUGUCUGCAUUACUUUGACUUUGGCCAAGUUUUGGUUUUAUUUUACAACAGGUUUACUGAAUGCAACAUGUUGAGUUUUCUUGUCAGACAUUACUUACUGAGCAGUAUCCUUAGUUGAUUUGUGUACCUUUAUUAAUGGUAAGAAAUUACAACCACAAACUACAAAAAGUUUAAAUAAUGUGUAAAACGUUGAUUAAAAGCAGAUUUUGAUUGUUUGCAAAACACUGAAAAACUGCUUCGCUAAAAAACUCGGAGUAAAAAGACUAAUUUGAUUAAUCUGUGACAGGUUCAUGACAUGACUGGGUAUAAAAAAGACAUUACCAAGUAAAGAUAGGAAGAGAUUCAUCACUGUGAGGGACGGUGUGAGCAAAUACUUGAACAAGAUAUUAGUGUAAUGUUCCUCAGCAUAAAACAUCAGGGAAUUUGAAGAUUUAAUUGUCUAAAUUUUAUAAUAUCAUAAAAAGAUAAAGAAAUCUCUGAACUAAAGGAACAAGGCUGAAAACCAGUUUCUUGACAUCACCGCAUGGACUCAAAAUCACUUCAUGUUGAGUUGUGUUGCAUUCCCAAAUGUAGGCUUUAACUGUAUUAAGCAAAGGGAUAACCACAUAUUAACAUGAUCUAGGAACGCCGUCGACUCCUCCAGACCCCAGCUCUUUUAUGACAGACUGAGGAAAACUGUCCUGUGGUCUGACAAAUCUAAAUUCAGCCGUCAUUUUGGAAGUCAUGGAUGCUGUACCCUCUCUCCUAAAGUGGUCAGGGAUCAAUUGGGGGGUGCAUGAGUACUCAUGGCUUGGGCGGCUUAAACAUCCAGCCUGUUGUAGCUUCUCGCCAGUACGGCUCUGUAGUAGAGGAGUCCAAGUGCAAUGAAACCAUUUGACACGUCAUAAAACACAAAACACAACUAAGGAGACCAGGAACUGUUGAGCAGAUAAAAUUAAAUAUCAGGCAAAAAUGGGAACAUUUUAACUUUCAAAGCUACCAAAACUGGUCUCCUGAGUUCCUACACAUUUAUAGAUUGUUGUAAGCAAGCAAGUAAGUAAGUAAGUAAAUAAAUAAAUAAAACAGAUGCAACACUUUGGUCAACAAGCCCCCAUCUCAACUUUUUAAAAAUGAGUUGCUGGCAUCAAAACUUACAAUGAACAUAAAGAAUACUUUUACAAAACAUCAAACGUUUAAGAUUCAACAUUUAGUGUGUUGGUUUGCCCUAUUUUUUAAUGAAGUCGGGCUUAAAUCAUUUGCAAACAAUCAAAAAGCUGUUUUCAUCAACACUUCAGAGUCACAACUUUUCUGGAGUUGAGGUUGUAUUAUAGUUAUAGAUUUUACUAUGUGGUUUACCCUGUUGGAAAAACUGUACAAAGAGGCCCCAGAAGCUUCAAACUCUUCCUGUGAGCGGUUAAUACAGUGUUAUUCCACCGUACGUUCUUGAACAAGUGUCCCUUAGUUUUUUUCUUUUGUACAUUACUAAGUCAUAACUCGUGUGUGUGUGUGUGUGUAUGUGUGUUCGUCUCUGUUGUAUAUAUUGAGAUGAAGAGCUCAGUGGAGGCAGAAAUCCACACUGGGAGGAGAAAGGCAUGCAGACGGAUCAAAUCUUCUACCAGAGAAUUUUGAAACGCAUACAAGACUAAGCCACAUGUUGCUCAGUAGUAACAGUCUACGUGUUCACAGGUUACAGGUACAGCACUGUGUGUUAGUAUGAGACUGACAGCUACACUCACCUCACUGUAGUUUAGAGUAUGUUUGAUACUGGACUGUAUGAGCAUGAGGUCAGUACUGAAUGUUGAACCUAAUGUGGAAGAGAGACGGAACAGUGGCCUGGUUUACAUGCACAGAGAACUCCUUGUUUUUGCAAAUUCACAUCAAAGUUUUGGUUUGAACCAGAUCUAAAAUGACUAGCAUGCUCUCAGAGCAGUAAGACGGGUAAAAGACAGGGAAUUAGAUGCUCUGCAUGACAAGUUAAGAUCCCUUUAACUCUCCCCUUAAACAGCCAAAUUAGAAACUAACUUCAGCGUCAUCACAGAGAAACAAAAGUAGAGAGGGUGGGCCACAUGCUGUUAGUAUUUAGAGAGGAAAAAUGCAGGAAUGUGUGCAUGUAGAUAACAGAACUGAAGGAAAGCAAGAUUAGGUUCAAUUUAGGCUCUGUUAACAAAUCAUUAAAUACGUUGAAGCACAAGUUUCAUAGUGUCACAGGUACAUUAUUCUGAUGGGAAACACUGAAUAUAACCAGAAAAAAAGCCAUCAGCCAAAUGGAAGGAGGACGGAAUCUGAAUGAAGCCAGGAAACAAGGAGGCAUUGAACACGAGGUCCAGUCUUUUGAAAAAUUUAACAUUUAUAGGUUAGAAAUGUGAGACCAUAGACUGUUUGUAGAAUGGACAGUGUCUGCCUCCUCGAUGGGUGAAGCGACUCCGAUAACAGCACCCUCUGAUGACGGGCUGCAGUAUAGGUCACAAAUCCUG